AUGAAUCCAAUUGUAAAAGGCUCAACACCUUAUACAAUUGGUGUACAGAACAAUAAAACCCCUCUUCCCAUGUCAUUUAAUCUUUCCUGCUGCUGCUGGCUUAAUCCAGUUGGGAUUUUCGCCUCAAAUCAUUUCAAUAUUCGGCGUUUAGCAGCUGCAGGAACUGUUGAUGGACAAAUACUUAUUCUCGAUGUAAAAGAGACUUUGAUACAAUAUGUUUCAUUGAUGUGCGGCCAUACAGCUCGCGUUUCUGAUAUCAUUCAACAAGAUUUAAAUACAUUUUUGUCAGUUUCGAUUGAUGGAACGAUCUGCAUGUGGUCCAUAGCAGACGCUAUAUGCCUAUUUUCAAAUCAGUUCACAACGCAAUAUUCGAAUUAUAAACUUGCAACGUCAUAUGGUCUCCCAAAUCUAGUAUACAUAUGGUCAAACUUCGGACAAGUAUACCUUGUUGAUGUGCAUACAGGAAAUAUAGUUAAAAAUUAUAAUUUUCCUGGUUUAUUAUCUUUUUCGCCUUCAUCAACAAUAAACAAGCUCAUCGUAUCGAAUAUCCUAUCAUUUAACUUAUACACAGUUGGAGAAUUGGGAAUUACAUGCGACAAUCAAAAUCGAACGUUUUUUGAUUUAAAUGACGUGAAAAUUUGUACUCCUUUCGGUAUCGUCAGGUUUUGUGAGAGGAGAAUCAUAUUCAUUGAUGUUGUUGGUAUCAGAACCCUCGGAUCCAUGCUUCUUCACAACAUUUCUGAUGAAGAUCAAAUUAUUGAUGCAAAAUGGUACGCUCCUGAUCAAAUUUUUGUUGCAUUUCGCAGUGGUAUAUUGUAUGAAUUCAAACUAGACGCAGAAGCUAAAGUAAAAGCCCAUAAAAUCGCAGAAUCAAAAAUUAUGAUCAAUUUUGCUUCGAGAAACAGCAACAGCGAAGUAAUAUUCAUCAACAACAACAUGAACCUAGUAUAUAUAGCAGAAGGCAAAGGCGAAAUCGAAUUAGUUCGAAAUCAUAAUUCAAAAAUUUUUGAAGUUCCAGAUAUAAAACAGCCGAAUAUCGUAAGGAUAACAGAAAAGAAUACGUUUAAACUACUCAAUUGGACAACUCCUUCUGUUACUUCACCUGGAUAUUCAAUUGAUUCCAAAAUUACAGCGAUAAAGUGCCGAAAUAUUACAUCCCAUGGCCUCCAACUGAUUGUUGGUGCUGAAGAUGGCACAGUCCGCUUCUUUUGGAAGGAGAAACAAAGCGCUUCCCAGAAAAUUUUGGCAUUAAAUUCUCCGGUCGUAGAAUUUAUUGAGCUUUCCUUGGCUAACGCUGGCAAAUUUAUAUUGUUUGCCAUCGGAAAGGACGGAAGCUUGGCUGUUUUCUAUUUAUUCGACUUAAUCGAAACUUUUAUAACGAUAGGUUUCCCAAUCGUUGCAAUUUACGCAAUGAGAAUGCAAGAAUUAAUUAUAGUUAGAAGAUUAGAUAACACUCUUUACGUUUACAGCCUAAACGAACCAGAUCCAAUCGAAUUAUUGACAAGUUUACCAAAAGAUGCAGAACAAAUCUACCCUGUUAAGCCAUCCACCAAUAGUACAAUACCUCCAUCAACUCAGCUUAUCAAUUUCGGCAAGAGUUCUUAUUAUUAUUCAACUUUGACUUUGAAUAAUCUCCAGAACGAAUUGAUGAAACCCGAAAAUGCAGAGCAUAGGAAGUUGUAUUCAUCGAUGUUAGCGAUAUACUUCCAUUUGCUUCAGCCUGUUUCGAAAUCAAAAUCUUUUGGUUUAAUUAGAGACAGUAUUUCAACAGAUUUCACUCAAUUUGCUGCGGAUCAGAUCAAGGAUCCUGAUGUAGAUACAUCAGAUUUCUCUUUCUGCUUGAUAGGAACCAACAAAAUUCCAACAUUUUUCUAUCCUCUGUAUACUAUAUCAGGAAUGGCCAUUUACGAUGUAUCCCCUUAUCAAGCGGCCUUGCAUUUCGUCGCUAGUAACAUCAUUGGCCAGAUACUUUCAUUGGAUUGUUCACUUCGAAUUCUUGAAGUCACUUUUGUACAGUCAAUGGUCCAUUUUCUUGAAUCGGAUGACCAGAAAAUCCGUCAGAUUGCGUCCCUUUCAUGCGCCAGAUCCGCCAGUUGCUUGCAUUUGGAACAUGCACUUCCUAUUGCAAAAUUGUUCGGAGAUUUGAAGUCGAUCGAUAGUCUUUCGCCAACAGAGAUGCUUUUACUCUGCAUCCUUUGCAUCGCGGAGGACUCUUUCGUCAACAAAAUCCAUCAUCGAAAAUUAUUUGACUUCCUUUUAAGAGUUUCAGUCAACGAUGAUGACAUUGCCAACUUGGCUUUGAUUUUAUUGAUCGAUGGAUACACAACUUGGUCUUAUAUCCUUGGAAACCACUUAUUAUUAAUGAAUAACAUUGUUGCAAGGAUGCUGAAGUUCAUUAGACCCGAACACGUGCAGAGAACAUUCGCAAUUGCAGCUGGUAGCGAUAUCGGAACGUUUUUCAAAGUUUUUGAAACUUUUAUCAAAUCUGAAGAAACAGAUUUGGCUCCAGAAGUAUUAGUAACGCGUUUAUUCUCCCUAACAACAUUAGUUUCCUUUGCGAACAAGCACGCGGUAGGUGCAUUGGGCUCAUAUUACAUUGCGACUGUCGGAAAUGACUAUCCAAGGCUGGCAAACAUCGCAAUCGAAGAACUAAAGAAACACGCAAAAAGAUUAGAGUCAGUGGAUGUAAAGGGAAAUCUAAUUUUGAUAGGUUUACAAGAUGGUUGUGUGUCACUUUUCAAACAUUGUAAUUUAAUUUUUUCUGAGAAAUUUUUUGAAACUCCUGUUUGCAUUGUUUCUAUCGGGCCUGAUGGAAGUGCUGCAGCUGCUGCAUCGAGGGAUGAUCAAAACGCUGUUAUUUUCACUACGAAAAGAAAUGGAUUUAUGUCGAAGAAACCGAAAGUAAUUGCAAAAGUUCCCACUGGAUUCCAUCCUGUCUGGAAAUCUCCAACAGAAUGUACUUUCCAAUAA